AUGUUCGAAUGGCUGUUUGGCAAAUCGUUUGACCCCGUCAAGGACAUUCCAAGCCUCGAAGGCAAGGUUAUUCUCAUUACGGGAGGCAAUGCUGGCCUCGGAAAAGAAACAGUCUUGCAACUCGCAAAGCACAAGCCCAAGGAGAUCUUCCUUGCAGCCCGGACAGCGUCCAAGGCCGAGGCUGCAAUUGAUGAGAUUCAGAAGAUUGUGCCCUACAGCAACAUCUCCUUCAUUCAGCUAGAUCUCACUUCUCUGCAAUCUGUCAAGGAGGCGGCCUUUGAAUUCAAGCGGCGAUCCGACCGUCUCGACAUUCUAAUCAACAAUGCUGGAAUCAUGGCCGUGCCGUGGUCCAAGACCCAGGAGGGCUAUGAGAUACAAUUCGCUACCAACCAUUUGGGGCACGCGCUUCUGACCAAGCUGUUACUACCAACGCUGCUGAAGACUGCCGAGGAACCCAACUCGGACGUCCGUGUCAUCAAUGUCAGCUCCGAGGGCCACAUGAUGGCCCCUGGUAUCAUCUACGAUCAGGAGAAGCUGGAGACGUACAACACCUGGAGACGGUACGGCCAGUCGAAGCUGGCAAACAUUUUGCACGCUCGCGAGCUGCAGAGACGGUACCCACAAAUCACCGCAACGAGUCUACAUCCAGGRGUCAUCAUCACAGACCUCUAUGCGUCCCAAAUGAAGAGCAACCCCAUCCUGCGAGUUGCGCUGCCACUUGCCAAGUCGCUCCUCACUGACGUUCCCGGUGGUGCCAAGAACACACUCUGGGCGGCAACGAGCAACAAGGAGGUUGUUCGAACGUCCUGGUAUUGGAAGCCGGUCGGAAGUCGCAGCGGUGGUAGCUUUUGGCAUGCGCAAAAGGCAGACUUGGCGAAGGAGUUGUGGGAGUGGACCGAGGAGCAGCUGAAGGCCGUUGAGUAG